AUGAAGGAAAAAGAAGACACAAAAAUAGAAGACCGAUUCCCGGAUUGGUAUUAUCGCGUGAUGCGUCUGUUAAAGCCCGACACUAGCCCGUACGACAUGGAAGACAGCGUAUUCGACGAGGACAUCUCCGAUAUUGACAUGACGAUAAAAAAGCGCAAACUCUCCCCAGACCAUGAAUGCGAGUGUGAAAGCGAUGUUGAAUGCUACUGUGAACUUUACUCGGAAGGAGAAACUUACCAGGGCUCCGAGGCCAGCAUCUUCUACCACUUGAGGGAGGAACGCGAGCUGCGGAAGGAAUACCUAGAGCGUGAGAAAAAGAAGAAGUUGGCGGAUCAAACGCAUGAGGAGAAAAAGGCACAGGAGGUCCAGGCGGUGUACGAUGCACUGAAGGCCGGAGAAGAAGGUGAAACCGGAGUUCUUGAUAAAGAUUCCAGAUUCUUUGACAUCUUCUGCGCCGAGUAUCUGAACUUCGAAUGGGAUUAUAACUUUGGGAGAGCAAAGUAUGUCCAAUUUUAUUAUCUGAGUGAGGAUGGAGAUCACUGUGGCGGGGACCCUCCACCAGGUGUGAAGAAGUACGACCUGCACGGACAUGUGUAUAUUGAUUCAGACACUGGCCCCGAGUUUGGAGCAUUGCGUCGCCCUCCCACAAAAGGCAGCUUGGAAGAACACCGAUUGAAACUUCCUAACGGAGAAGAAGCUGGUAUUUUUCAGUUCCUCAGUCGCGAUUACUUGAAGAUCAAAAUCCCGAAGAAACUCGUGUUUGGCAGAAAGCCGUUGCCCCCCUCCGCGCCGGACUAUUUUGAGUUUGUCGGCAUUCGUCGUGACCAGGAAAAGUUCAAGGCAGAACGAGAGAAAAUGUGGAGAAAGAGGGGGCGUUCUUCGUCUUAUUAG